AUGAAACCCAACUUGUUUCUUCUGGCAAUCUACCUGUGUGGUGUCUUGCUAUUCGUAUCAUCCAUUGAUCCGAGUGAAGAAAAGCCAACCAUGAUCCUAUUCCACACUGAUCUCAAUUCAUCCGAUUCAAGAUUGGUGUUACAUGCCAAUGGAUCAGCCACUGUUGAGAGAAUAUUUUCCAUUAACGACAUGGAAAUGAUUAAAGCCUUUGUUGAUCAAGAUAGGAUGCAAAUUAGAUUGGAUGGAUUAUCAUCAUGGAUUGAUCCGAAGAGUUUUAUGGCCACUGUUCAACAAGAUACAAUCAUGAUGGACAAGAUGAAACAACAAGAAAUACAAGUUGAUGCUGGUGGAAAUCGUCUUAAGAAGGUUAAUACUGAUAAUAAUUAUUUAAUGUUUAAGGAACAAGUGUAUACUAAAGUUCCAGAUGAUAGAGAAAUGAAGAAGAGAAUGAAAGAAAAGUUGGUCGCUGAACAAAAAGUUAUUCAAAAGAAGAUUGUUUCGUAUGAGAAUAUGAAGAAGCAAAUUGUAGAAUCCAAGUUUGAAUUGGAUCAAUUUGAGCAAAAGUUAAAAUUGGUUGAUGAGUUGAUGGAACUAAUGGAGAAGAAUCAAAUUAAAGUGGAUGAAUUGGAAGAGAAGAUUCAAGAAAUUGGAAAGACUCAAUUGUCAUCUUCCAUGUAUUUUGAAUUUUCAUCAAAAGUUCCAGAAUUUGUUAGGGCAGAUCCAAAACCAUUCAUUCUUAAGAUUAAGUAUAUUAUCAGCAAGGGAAGAUUCAAUUGGACUCCUCAAUAUUUACUCUCAGUUGAUAGUAGUACUCAAACUGGACAAUUAAUGUUUAUGGCGAAUGUAGUUCAAAAGACUGGUGAGAAUUUCACAAAUGCUCUGGUUGAAUUAUCGACAGAUGAAUUAGGACAAGCUCCAAGCAUGCCAGAAUUCAAUCUGUUGACUUUGGAUCAGACAGACAUUUACAAAUAUCUCCGUAAAACGAACAGUCCACACACAUUUGCUGGGUCAUCAUUUAUUAGCCUUACUUCUAAGAAACUUAUGAGUGACCAAAGAAACUAUCAAAAUCAAUUUGAGGGUGCGAAUAUUGAAUCAAAUCAAAUGGAUCAAAACUCACAGGUUUCCACAGAUGUUAUCAGAUCUACCACUUCUUACAUGAUUGCUGAGAGAGCUUCAUUUAUCACUGAUUCAAAUGGGUCAGACAAGACAGUUUCAUUACUCAUUGCCAAGAUUAAUCUCGAAUCAAAGUGGUAUCAUAAAGUCAUUCCAAAACAAUCCUCAAGAGUCUACACAAUCAUGGCCAUUAAGAACAAAUCCAAAUAUCAACUAAUCCCAGGUGAUGUUAAUAUUUUCAUUAAUAAUGUUCUUUCCACACAAUCAAGAAUCAAAUCAGAUGUCUUUCCAGAUGAUGUCUUCCAAUUAGAUAUCGGUAUUGAUAGAAUGGUCUCUGUGAAACUCAAUGAUCACAAUAAGAAUGAACAAGAAUCAGGUUGGUUCUCCAAAACCAAUUCCAUCACUGAAAAUUCACAAAUUACCAUUGAAAACAAGAAGGAUGUUCCAAUCAAUAUUACAGUUAUCAAUGCUUUACCAUUCACAGAAGAUUGGCAUACAGACGAUAAGUUACAAAUCAUCCUCACUCAACCAAAGACAGACCAAGGAAAGGAUAUUGAUUUACAUGAAAUUUUCCUUCCAAAACCAGGUCCAGAUGGAAAGGACACAUUCUAUCCAACUGAAUAUCAAUUCAACACCAAGGUUGGUAAAAAGGAUAUGAAAUGCAAGAUUAAAAAGAGAAAUCAUGCAUUAGAACGAAACUUUUCCAUUUCUUCAAAGGAAUCAAUUGUAUUGCCAUUGUCUUUUCAAAUGUGCGUCACUCUUGCAAAAUAAAAGGUCUUACUAGUUC